UUGCGUAUUGCUUUGCCAAACCGAACUGAACAAAACGCGUAGAGAUGACCAGCAACCGAUCCACGAUGGUCAUUGUGCACGUCUUUCGCGGAACGUUUGUGCACUCAACCCAAAGCUCAGCCUUAGAUGUUUUGGACGACACACUUCUAGGAGUCGAUACGCUAGGAAAGAUUGCUUUCAUCGGGAGAGGGACUGAUGUGGACCGGCUGUGUGAGAAGUAUGGAUUCCACGUCCGAGAUGUUACCCAGCUGAGACAGCACGAGUUCUUCAUGCCGGGAAUGGUGGACACCCAUAUCCAUGCGUCCCAGUACAGCUACGCUGGCACAGCCCUGGACCUGCCCCUGCUCCAGUGGCUCAACACCUACACCUUCCCUGUGGAGGCCCGCUACGAAGACCUGGAGUUUGCCCGCAAAGUCUACACUCAAGUUGUGAGGAGAACUCUGAGGAACGGGACCACGACUGCCUGCUACUUUGCCACCAUACACACAGACGCUUCUCUCCUGCUCGGGCAGAUUGCAAAUGAGUUUGGACAGCGCGCCCUUGUGGGGAAGGUGUGCAUGGACAGGAACGAUGCCGUCCGGCAUUACAAAGAGACCCCGGAGGAAUCCCUGGACGAGACCAAUCGGUUCAUCCGAGAGCUCUUAGAGAACAAGUAUCCCCUGGUAAUGCCGGUGGUGACCCCACGCUUCGCCCCCUCCUGCUCCCCAGCCCUGCUCAGCCACCUGGGGGAGAUCGCUCAAAACAACCACCUGCACAUCCAGAGUCACAUCAGUGAGACCAAGGAGGAGGUGCAGAUGGUGAAGGAGCUGUUUCCUGACUCUGAGUCCUACACAGAUGUCUACCUCAAACACAACCUCCUCACCGACAAGACAGUGAUGGCUCAUGGUUGUCACUUGUCGGAUGAAGAACUGAAGCUGUUCAGAGAGACGGGGGCGUCCAUCGCUCACUGUCCCAACUCCAACAUCUCGUUGUGCAGUGGCUUUUUGGAUGUCCGCAACGUUCUCAACAAUAAAGUAAAGCUGGGCCUGGGAACAGACGUGGCCGGGGGCUACUCUCCCUCCAUGCUGGACGCCGUGAGGAAGACUCUGGACACGUCUAAAGCUCUGACCAUCAAUGACUCACAACACCAAACCCUCAGCUUCCAGGAGGUCUUCAGACUGGCCACGCUGGGAGGGAGCCAAGCCCUGUCCAUGGACGAGCACACGGGGAACUUCGAGGUGGGGAAGGACUUUGACGCGCUGCGGGUGGACCUGGCGGCAGAGGAGGGACCCGUCGACAUCUUCCAGAGGGAGGAGCCUGUGGUGCUUUUGGAGAAAUUCCUUAACUUGGGUGAUGACCGAAACAUUGCAGAAGUGUAUGUGGCCGGCAGGAGGGUGGUGCCUUUCCCCGGCUGACUUUAGGUGCGGACUCCGCGUCUGUUGCUCCGUCCUGAAGCAGCCUGCCUCUAGAUUCUCACCGUUCUGUUUUCGUCCUCCGUUCGUCCGCUUACUUAGGUGUAGAAGACAGAAUGAUUGGAAAUUAGAGGCAGUUCACUGUGAGCUGUUCUUUCCCUAUGUAUGUAUGCUUACACUGAAAUUAAUAAUAACGACUAGAAAUUCACAGAAGUAAUUGAUUAUGGAGCUUUUUGUAUUAUUUUCAGCCAAAUCCUUGGAAAUUCUAUCAUAUGAUUUUGUUGGGGAAUGAUAAUGAAUAUUGAUAUACUGUCCAGACCAAUGCAACCUCUUGGCCGUCAACAUCCAGUUAAAAGUUUGACUGUUAUUUAUACUAAAUAAUAAUAAUGCAUUCAUUUAGCAGAUGCUUUUAUCAAAAGCAACUUUCAUGGGGGGAUUUGAAACUGAGACCUCUUGACCUGCAGACAAGUGCUCUGCUACUGAGCUAUACCUCAUCUCCUUAUUUACCCUCUGAGUUUGUUAUUGAGCACAGUUCCUCCCUUGACCUGAGAGGCAGUAGCUUGUGUGAGUAGGUCAGACUUUGUUUUAAAUGUAUGUAUCUUUUUACAUUUUUUAUUAUUGUCUGUUUCUUUGUUUGGCUGUGAAUGUAUUGUUAGCUUUAUUAUUCUGCUUGAAUAAUUGCUUGUUUGGCCAGGUGUUAGAGAUUAUUCAACCGUGGCCAUUCAAAAUGAAUGUUUCAAAUGUAACUAUUUAAAUCUAUUUAGUUUACAGUGCAUUUUGUUUUGAUUAAUGUUUUAUUACUGCAAAUAUUUGUUAUGAUUCAAAGCAAAAGGGAAAAGGUUCAGUACUCCUUAAAGUAUGUCAACUUGAAUAAAAUAGUAUAUACAUAUCAUACAUUUGGCAUCUAGUCUUUUGUACCUUCUUCACAAUAUGAUUCUGAUUUUUGAAGUUGCA